AUGCCGUCCAGAAAAAAAACAGCCAUGUUUGCAUCCGCUUUUUUUACCUGUGUUUGCUCUUUCGUGAUGAUUUGUGUUGUUCUGGCGACCCAGCACUGGAUGAGUAGUGAGGUUCGCUUUUCUGGCACAAACUCCAGUAUUACUGUAAGCCUCACCUACGGACUUUUUAGCGGUACCUGUGAACAGUUCGUCGAUGCGGGACUUCAGCUUACAGAGAAGACUUUCCAAGUUGCAGAUAACCUGAGCAAGACCAAGGCGAAAAGCAUGAUCACUGCAAUUAUCGUGAUUCUGGUUCUCAGUUUACUGAGUUCCCUUCUGAGUUCUGGAUUCAGCUGCACUAAUGCUGUCAGUAAUCCCUACCAGACAUUUUUGGGACCCACCGGAGUCUAUACCUGGAAUUCCUUAUGCGGAAUCUUCGUACUUAUAGCCAUGAUACUUUUUCCUGUGAACAUAGAAGAAAAUGGCCUGUCUGUAGAACUGGCCCGUGGAUGCUUUUCUUUUCUGAACAGGCAUAUCAAAUCUGCACACACUUAUGGGUAUUCAUAUUGGAUCAUGCUGCUCAUCAUUUUUCUGAACAUUGCUUCUAUCAUCAUCAUAUAUUUCUAUGACCAUGCAAGAUAUUAUAAGAAGAAAGAGCAGGAAAGACCCAUUGAAAAUGCACCAAAAGAUGUCAUUCUGUUUUAA